CCAAUACAGCUCACGGGAGCAGCUCGGCUCGGGUCUGGACUGAUAACCUGCCGAAGGUUUGCUCUUUCAAAUCAGUUUUUGUUAAGGUGAUACUCCGGUCAGGUCGCACAGGGAGGCGUCAAAUCAUAUUUCCUAAGGCAACGGUCUAUCGCCCGGCCUCCGGCUGGGAAAUCACAAUUGUGUAACAAAACACACAAAAAAAGUGUAAAGCAAAACCCAACUUUGCCCAAACACUCAUGUACCACCUCCCCAAUUUAGAAAUUCAAGAUAAGCAGGCAGUUUCUGCUGACAAAAGGCUCCAGCCCGUACCCUAAUGGCACCACUCCCCCCACUGUAAUGGCGCUAGAAGAUGCACCAGUGUUGCUGUUGUUCGAUGUGGGUUUUGUAAAUCCAAAGACUAUAACGUGUGUGCCAUCAGUGGUUAGUAUGGCUAUAGCAUGACACUUCAGAAAGAACCUAAGGAUUGUUCUCCGCAGAGCUGAUUGCUUAGAAUAAUAAUGGCAAAGACCGUUUUAAAUCCGAUAUCGGGGAGGCGUAAUAUCUCUUUACAGGUCUUCGUCAAGCAUGCUGUUUGUGAUUUGAUGGUAAUCUUGUAGUAUGUGACAAUAAACGUCUGCUUCACGCGUGAGGGAGCUUUCAUUGGCGUCUGCUGUCGGUCAGCUGAGCCAAUUUGUGCGCUUGUGCCUUUCAGGUUGUGCAUACGCGCCGAUCUUGAAAUCAAAGCAAAGUGGGAAAAGGGGCGAAUACUGGAGUAUUGGUAUUUUAGGACAUGAACAGCAACGGUAGGUAGAAGACAUGUUAGCAGUGGGGAAGAAGCUGAAGGGGUAAAAGGGGCUCUUGAGUGCGGUGUACAGAUCCGAUUUCACCCCGCAGUGUGAUAUGGACGGGGUGGUGACAGUUUAUUCUUUUUUUUUUUAAAUACAAUUUCUGAAAGGUGCGCGAACGCUUUCCGACGAGCGAGCCGGACAAGAAGGAGAGGAUCACCUCUCGAGGAGAGGGGAGGGGGGGAAGGACACUCCCCCCCCCCUCCAAAAAAAAACUUUUUCAAAAAACUUCCACAGACCCGCCUCCUCGUCUCCGCCGGGCGUCCAAUCACCGGUGACGUCCUAAGGAAAACAAACGCGGCGAUUGGUCGGGCGGGUGGUUUCCAGGCUCCCCGCGGGGAGGGCUCUGGCUUGUGAAUGAGGGGCACCUGGAAACCGACGUCACAUUAUUGUGUGUUUGUGGCUCGGCGGUGCAGAAUAGAGGGUAACAUGAGCAGGAGAGCGGAGCGGACGGCUGUUACUCCUGAGCUGCAGCCUAGCGACCCGCAGAAAAAUACCUCACUAUGAAUCCCGAGCCCGAGAGUUGAACGCGUUGCAACUUUACUUUCCCCGAAACCGGCGGCGAGUGGAAGCCCCAGCUCUCCUUUUUUUUUUUGCACGCUUGCGGGAGAAACAGCAACAAGGAUUUAAAAAUAUUGGCGACGGCGGACGGCAUUCGGAGCCCAGACGGAAGAAGAACCGUAUCUUGCUUUGAAUGUGGGGUUUUUUGUUUUCCGCCACGUUUUUAAAUCGCAGCUGACCAAAAACUAAAAUCGGGGUGUAGGGGGGGGGGGAGGACUCCCGUUUUCCAGCGAGGUGCCAUCCUCCCGUUUUUUUUCUCUUCUCUGGGGCGGGCGAAAGAAAAUUGCAAUAAUCCCGCAGAGAGGAGAAGGAUCCCGAAGUCUCCCGAGCAAGUGGCUCCGGGGACGCGUCUGAAGUAAAAAAACUGGACUUUUUUUUUACUUUGCAUCCUCCGUGUGUGUGGGGUUUUUUUUUUUACAUUUUGUUCCGUGGGAUUUGUAAAGUUCCGAGAUUUCGGGCGUGGGGGGGGAGGGAGGACAACUUUCUGAAGACACACGCCAAGACCACUCCGGCGGCGGCUGAUGAGGAUUCCGCUGCGCUGAACCCGUUGGGGGUGAACUUGCUCUGACCAACUUGCUCUUUUAGUUUCUACUCCCCAUUUCAGUCGUCCGCUGAAAGAAGUGGGGUCGGCGAGGGGGGACUCUCCCGUUUUUCACCGAGCAAUUUACUGGGGGUGCUUUUACAGGAGGGGGAGAAAAGUUUUCCGAACUCGUGCUUGACUAAAUAUGGCCAUGUCGGCGAACAGGGAUUGGGUUCAACCGGCGCUUGGCGUGCUGGCGGCGUGCUUGCUGUGGUGCCCGCAGCUGGCGGCGGGACAGUAUCACGGAGAGAAGGGGAUCUCCGUCCCGGAGCACGGCUUCUGCCAGCCCAUUUCCAUCCCCCUGUGCACGGACAUCGCCUACAACCAGACCAUCAUGCCCAACCUGCUGGGGCACACCAACCAGGAGGACGCCGGGCUGGAGGUGCACCAGUUCUACCCGCUCGUCAAGGUGCAGUGCUCCAUGGACCUGAAGUUCUUCCUCUGCUCCAUGUACGCCCCGGUGUGCACGGUCCUGGAGCAGGCCAUCCCCCCGUGUCGCUCCCUGUGCGAGCGGGCCCGGCAGGGCUGCGAGGCGCUGAUGAACAAGUUCGGCUUCCAGUGGCCCGAGAGGCUGCGGUGCGAGAACUUCCCCGUGCACGGCGCCGGCGAGAUCUGCGUGGGCCAGAACACGUCCGACACCGGCAGCCCGACCUCCUACCCGACGCCUUACGUCCCGGACCACAUCACACUGCCGCCCAGCAGCGGCCGCGCAAACCAGCCGUUCACCUGCCCGCGGCAGCUCAAAGUGCCUUUCUAUCUCAACUACCACUUCCUGGGGGAGAAGGACUGCGGGGCCCCCUGUGAGCCCACCAAACCGAACGGGCUCAUGUACUUCCGUGAGGACGAACUGAAGUUCGGCCGCCUGUGGGUGGGUAUCUGGUCCAUCUUGUGCUGCGUGUCCACCCUGUUCACCGUGCUCACCUACCUGGUCGACAUGAGGCGCUUCCGCUACCCGGAGCGACCCAUCAUUUUCUUAUCCGGCUGCUACUUCAUGGUGGCCGUGGCGUACGCGGCCGGCUUCCUCCUGGAGGACAAGGUGGUGUGCAUCGACGGGUUUUCCGAGGACGGCUACAAGACGGUGGCCCAGGGUACCAAGAAGGAGGGGUGCACCAUCCUCUUCAUGAUCCUGUACUUCUUCGGCAUGGCGAGCUCGAUCUGGUGGGUCAUCCUGUCCCUGACUUGGUUCCUGUCGGCGGGCAUGAAGUGGGGCCACGAAGCCAUCGAGGCCAACUCGCAGUACUUCCACCUGGCGGCGUGGGCCGUGCCCGCCGUCAAAACCAUCACCAUUUUGGCCAUGGGGCAGGUGGACGGCGACCUGCUCACGGGGGUGUGCUACGUGGGCAUCUACAACGUGGACUCGCUGCGCGGCUUCGUCCUGGCGCCGCUUUUCGUCUACCUCUUCAUCGGGACGUCGUUCCUGCUGGCCGGCUUCGUCUCCCUCUUCCGGAUACGGACUAUCAUGAAGCACGACGGCACCAAGACGGAGAAGCUGGAGAAGCUCAUGGUGCGGAUCGGGGUCUUCAGCGUGCUCUACACGGUGCCGGCCACGAUCGUCAUCGCCUGCUACUUCUACGAGCAGGCUUUCCGGGAGUACUGGGAGAAAACGUGGCAUAUGCAGACCUGCAAAAGUUUCGCCGUGCCCUGUCCCGUCAACAACUUUGCCCCGAUGACGCCGGACUUCACCGUGUUCAUGAUCAAGUAUCUAAUGACCAUGAUCGUCGGGAUCACGUCUGGGUUUUGGAUAUGGUCGGGGAAGACCUUACAGUCUUGGCGCAGGUUUUACAGCAGACUCAGCAACAAUAACCAAGGCGAGACCACCGUAUGAACUGGAGAGAAGUCUGCUAUAGAAACUAGACAGCAGAACAUUUUGACAAGCGAUGUUUUUUUUUUUGUGGCGGGGGGAUUGAUUUUGGCCCAUCGCUCCUUAUGCCCCUGAAUUCCUUGUGAAACCGAGAACUAGAUAUAAAGUUGACAGCUUUUAUGUUUUUUUUUUUUACUUUGAAUCUCGGUAUGAAACCGCUCUUCUUUUCCUCGUGGUUACAUAUCGGCUGAGCAUUAGGAACUUUAUCAUCCGGUAAUACAAGCCGAUAUCUCUCAAUCUUAAAAAAGAACGCGAUUUUUUUUGUGUUCUCUAAUGU